ACGAGCACCUAGAAAGGUGUCCGUGUGACGUCAAGCAAUCAGCUGCUGUGUGUCACGUGACCGCGCAGUCCCCGCCCCCUCCAGCCUGUCAGCGCUGGCUGCCAGUGAGAGCGCUCAGUGAUCCGCUGCCCGCCUAUCGCUCGGAUUCCCCGGAGCACAGCUGGACGUGCCGCGCUCUCACCCCACGUCACCCGCAAACAUGGACAAAGUGUCCGCAAAGUAGGCGGCCGUGCCCGGGGCUCCUUCAGUGGCCAGAGAGCGGAGAGAUAGGGCGAGUGAGGGCGGCGGCGGUGGUUCUACCUGAGCUGAGUUCUACAUCACGGAGCCCAACGGCCUGCACGGCGCGAGCCUGACGGUUGGGGUUUGAUUUUGAGUCUCCCCGUGCCUCCCCCCCUGUCAUUCCCCGGGAGCGGAGCGCAGGGCUAACCCCCUCCCUCCCGCUGCCCCCUACCUAUGUCCCGCAAAGCCAGCGACAAUGUGGAGUACACCCUGCGGAGCCUGAGCAACCUGAUGGGCGAGAAGAAGCGCAGGAAGCCGGAUGAGGGAGCCGGGGAGAGGAGCCUCAUUGCCCCCGCUGAGUCCUGCUCCAGUAUUAACAGCCAGGGGGUGCUGGAGGGAGCGGCUCCCGGGUUGUCAUCCUCCGCCGGGGACCUGGAGCGGGCGGCCCGCAAGCAGUUCCAGCAGGAUGUCACCCCGGCUUUCGUGUACGUGGUGUCCGUGUUCUCCGCGCUGGGAGGCUUCCUAUUUGGCUAUGACACCGGGGUGGUGUCCGGGGCCAUGCUGCUCCUCAAGCGGGAGAUGAACCUGUCGGCGCUGUGGCAGGAGGUCCUGGUGUCCAGCACGGUGGGGGCCGCCGCCGUGUCCGCUCUGUCCGGCGGGCUGCUGAAUGGAGGCUUGGGGCGCAGACCGUGCAUACUGCUGGCCAGCCUGCUCUUCAUACUGGGAGCCGUGGUGCUGGCGGCCGCCCGGGACAAAGAGACCCUGCUCGGUGGGCGUGUGGUGGUGGGACUCGGCAUCGGUAUUGCUUCUAUGACAGUCCCAGUAUAUAUUGCUGAAGCUGCUCCAUCCCAUUUGAGAGGAAGAUUGGUUACUAUUAACACAUUAUUCAUCACAGGCGGACAAUUCUUUGCUGCAGUUGUGGAUGGUGCUUUUAGUUAUCUUCCAAGAGAUGGAUGGAGGUAUAUGUUUGGACUGUCUGCUGUUCCUGCCAUACUCCAGUUUCUUGGUUUUCUUUUCCUUCCAGAAAGUCCACGCUGGCUAAUUCAAAAAGGCCAAACACAAAAGGCUAGAAGAGUCUUGUCUCAAAUCCGUGGGAACCAAAACAUAGAUGAAGAAUAUGAUGGUAUCAAAAAUAGUAUUGAUGAAGAGGAGAAGGAAACUGGAGCAGGUGGUCCAAUUAUUUACAGAAUGUUAAUAUAUCCUCCAACCCGGCGUGCUCUGCUACUUGGCUGUGGGUUGCAAAUGUUCCAACAGCUGGCUGGGAUCAACACAGUAAUGUACUACAGUGCUACUAUUUUGCAAAUGUCUGGUGUCAAUGAUGACAAUCUUGCUAUCUGGCUUGCUGCUGUCACCGCAUUUACAAACUUUAGUUUCACCCUAGUUGGUGUAUGGCUAGUAGAAAAACUUGGAAGAAGAAAGCUCACUCUUGGAAGUCUCACAGGCACAACGAUGGCCCUAAUUGUGCUUGCUUUAGGGUUUUUGUUAUCUGCUCAGGUAUCUCCACCAGUAACAUUUACACCAAGUGACCCUUCCACUCAGAAUUCAACUUGUACAAAAUACAGUUAUUGUAAUGGAUGCAUGUUGGAUCCUAACUGCGGUUUUUGUUACAAGAUGAAUGGUUCAAAUGUUGUUGAAUCAUCAUGCAUCCCGGUUGACACAAAAACUACAGAAAGAUCCGCUUGGGGCAGAUGCCAGAAUGAGACUUUAUCGAAAAAAGAUGGGUCAUUUUGGGCAUAUAACUACUGUCCAACUUCAUACUCUUGGACUGCUCUUGUUGGACUUGUUUUGUACUUGAUGUUCUUUGCACCUGGAAUGGGACCAAUGCCAUGGACUGUCAAUUCUGAAAUAUACCCACUCUGGGCACGAAGUACUGGAAAUGCAUGUUCCUCUGGAGUAAACUGGAUUUUUAAUGUGCUUAUUUCACUAACCUUUUUACAUACAGCAGAAUAUCUUACUUACUAUGGAGCUUUCUUUUUGUAUGCAGGCUUUGCGGCUGUUGGACUCAUAUUUGUUUAUGGCUGCCUACCAGAGACUAAAGGGAAGAAACUAGAGGAAAUUGAAUCUCUAUUUGAAAACAGGCUGUGCACAUGUGGUGCCUCUGAUACUGAUGAGGGGAGGUAUAUAGAAUAUAUUCGCGUUAAGGGAAGUAAUUAUCAUCUUUCUGACAAUGAUGCUUCUGAUGUGGAAUAAUUUUCCUCUGCAGAUGCAUGCUAACCAUUUAAAAGCCUUCUGGAGAAGGGCAGCUAUAGGUGAACUCAGUUUGCUGCUUCUGGUCUGGUUCUCUUUACAGUUCAAAAUGAACUUAGUGAAAUAAUGUUAUUCAUCUGGAUGAACAUAUUUAGUGGCUUAAGAGCUAAUGAAAUGUUAAAGUACAAAACACAUUUUUGUUCUACAUAUAAAUCAAUGAGCUUUGUUAUUAGGACAAUCUCCAAAUUGUACUUUGUAUAAAGCCAUGUACAUUUUUGUCUUUAUUAUAUUUAUGUUAAUGCUGGUAUAUAUUCUUGUACCUCCUACAUCAUAUUUUUAAAAAUUAAAACUGCAGAAUACAAAUUAUUGUAAACAUCCCAAGCAGUUAUGCCAAAUCUCAGUUAUAGUCUUCCUUUAUGAAUGGCAUAAAUGGAAAUAUCACAUUGACAUUUACAUUGAUGUGCUCAUGAUCAAAUUGUAAAUGAUAAUUAUCUUGCACAUUUUUUUUUUUACUAAACGUGACCGUUUAUAUCUGAUCAAUGUUUUCAGAAACCUUUUUAUAGUAUUAUUUGAUGUUUCACAUGGUUGUGUGAAAAAAAAAUUGACAUUCCCAAAGAAAUAUAUCAAUGGAGUGCUCUGCAUUGAAAUACUCUUCUAGUCUAUAGACUUUAACAAAAAUUGUAAAAGCACAAUCUGAUUUUACUUGUUUUUUCCUUUCACUUUUUCUUGUUUAGGUUUUGCAGAUCUGUUAAAUACUUCUUUGUCUUACACGGGUUUAAUAGCAAUUUACCAGCUCCAUAUAUGCAUGGAUUUUACAUAGUCAUAUCAUACAAACUGCUCCUUGCUUUUAAGUGAUUGCUCUCUGCAAUUAUCUAAUGGAAGUUGGUAAUGGACAUGGGGAGAGGCACCCUUUGCAGCCCAUGUAAGAAGUCAAGCCAUUCAAAACCGGGGCGGCAUCUGGGUUCUCCUACACCAUAUACACUACAGAAAGCUGUAGUGGUUAUAGUCCCUGCUGUGUUCCUUUAAUUCUAAAUAAUUUGUUUUGACUUCCACACGUCUUUACCUGGCAAACUAGAUAAUCAAUUUAAAAAUUUUAAAGUGUAGCAUAGUGUAGUUAAUAAGAUUUUAUUGUCACCAAUAAGACAUACAUUUUAAAAUAAUCAUCCAAGGACAAAGUAAAUCAAACAGACUUUGCGAAAAGGAUCGUAUACAACAUGUACAAGGGAGAAAAAAUAAGUAUAUAAAUGAAGAACAGAAAAAAAACUGUGGUAAGCAUUCUAGUGGGGAUAGUCUAUAUCUUAUUAAAUAUUUUGUUAAAGGUAAGGCCUAUUUCUUAAAGGGACACUGUAGUCACCAGAACCGUUGCAGCUUAAUGUAGUGGUUCUGGUGCCUAUAAUAUGUGCCUACAGUCUGUAACACUGCCUUUUCAGUGUUUACAUUGGUGCCUAAGAGCACUUCCAGUGGCAGUCACUCAGGUGGCCACUAAAGUUGCUUCCUAGUCCAGUGCUACAAAAGUACAGCACUGGUGGUAAGCAUCUCCGUGCUCUGCAUGAGGACACUUAACAUUUACUAUAGGGAUGCAUUGAUUUAAUCUAUCUCUAUGAAGAGCUGCUGAUUGAUGCAGCGCAAUAGCCUCCAAAUGCUUUCCUAUGGGAAAGCAUUGGUUUGGAUGAGAUGAUCAAUAUGGACCAGGUAGUGCCAGCCAUGGAAAGACCAGCACGGCGUGGGAGAAAAGGUGAGUAAAAUCAUCUUUUUACUGCGAUCUGAAGGGGGCCCUGACACUUUAAGAAUAUUGUGUCAGGAAUACGCUUGUAUUUCUGACACUAUAAUGUUCAUUUAAUCAUUUUCAUGUAGCCACAAAUGAUCUCAGUCAAAUAUAUGUUUAAAAUAAAAACCAUUAUAUAGCAUUUAUGCUUCUUUUUAUUAGCGGCUAGAUUAAAAUGAGUAAAUAUAACUGUAAAUUCACAGGUUUCCUUUCCCAGCAUUGAUCAAUAAUUGUUUAUCUAUCAGUUGCAAACAAAAGGAAAUGUGUUUAUCACUAAUUAGUUGAAAAUUGACUGAGUUUGGGACUGUCAGGGUGGAACAUCAUUUUGGUAAUUUAUAACUAAAACUAAAGAGAGGUACCUGUUUA